UCCAUGUGACAGAAGGGCAGAGACAGCCACAGAGGAAGUGUAACCUCUCGCUGUGUCAACAAACAGCAGCGCGGCUCUCCCGGCCAUCCCCAUGGAUCUGAGGGGGGAUACUUCUCUGCUACUAUGGACGGCUGCCGCCGUCAUCCUGUUAACCCUGCUGGCGUUAUCCGCCCUUCCUUUACUGACCGACUACAUUCGGAAAUGGAAGGUCAUGGCACCGAUUCCAGGUGUUGGCAUCAACGUCCCUUUCAUUGGAAACGCUCUCCUGCUGAAGCCUAACGGUGGAGAUUUCUUUCUCCAAAUUAUCGAAUACUCCGAGAUAUUUAGACCCCUUCCACUGUUUAAACUAUGGAUUGGGCCCAUUCCUUUUAUAAUACUCUAUCACGCAGAAAAUGUGGAGCCCAUUUUGAGCACUUCAAAACAUAUGGACAAAUCAUUUGCAUAUAAAUUCCUCCAUCCAUGGCUCGGAAAAGGACUUCUUACGAGCACAGGGGAAAAAUGGCGUUCCAGAAGAAAGAUGAUAACCCCAACCUUCCACUUCUCCAUUCUCUCGGAAUUCCUGGAAGUAAUGAAUGAACAGUCCAAAGUACUAGUUGAGAAGCUCAGAAAACAUGCAGACAAAGAGUCUUUCAAUUGCUUCAUGAACAUAACACUAUGUGCUUUAGACAUAAUAUGUGAGACUGCAAUGGGAACAAAGAUUCACGCACAGAGCAACCAAGAUUCUGACUAUGUUCGGGCUAUCUAUGAAAUGAGUGAUAUGGUUCAUCGUCGUCAGAAAAUGCCAUGGUUAUGGCCAGAUUUUGUGUUUUCUAACUUAAGGAUUGGAAAGAGACAUGAUGCAAACCUGAAAAUCCUUCAUUCAUUUACUGAUAAGACAAUUUUAGAAAGAGCUGAAGAAAUGAAGAACUCAAAUUGUAGCCCAAGUACCACUGAUUCAGAAACAGAGAAACCAAAGAAAAGAAGUGCCUUUUUAGACAUGCUUCUACAAGCAAGAGACGAUGCUGGAAAUGCCAUGAGCCACAUGGAUAUUCGGGAAGAGGUGGAUACGUUUAUGUUUGAGGGUCAUGAUACUACGGCUGCUGCCCUUAAUUGGUCUUUAUUUUUACUGGGAUCGCACCCCGAAGCACAAAGAAAAGUUCAUAAAGAACUGGACGAUACUUUCGGUAAAUCUGACCGCCCAGUCACAACCGAUGAUCUGAAGAAACUUCGCUAUCUUGAAGCAGUUAUUAAGGAAGCGCUGAGAUUGUACCCUUCGGUUCCAUUUUUUGCACGCACUAUUACUGAAGACUGUACUAUCCGUGAUUUCAAGGUACCAAAAGGUGUGAAUGUAGUAAUUGUUCCGUAUGCUUUGCAUCGGGAUCCAGAAUGGUUUCCUGAACCAGAAGAAUUUAAGCCGGAGAGAUUUCUUCCAGAGAAUGCAAGUGGACGAAAUCCAUAUGCAUAUAUACCUUUCUCUGCUGGGCUUAGAAACUGCAUUGGUCAGCGCUUUGCAUUGAUGGAGGAAAAGGUCGUCUUGUCAAGCAUCCUAAGGAAUUUUUCAGUUAAAGCAACUCAGAAACGUGAAGAACUUUGUCUAGUAGGAGAGCUAAUUCUACGACCAGAAAACGGCAUCUGGAUUGAACUGAAAAGCAGAUAAAAUGCAUUUCAUGCCUUAUUUCAUCAGUGUAUGAGCUUUGUGCUGGUCUUAUAAUAAAUACGUGACUUUAAUUGUCAAAGAUAGUAUUUAGUUCAUGCAUAGCUCAUGUCUGUGGACUCUACCUGCUGCUCUAGCAGGUUAUAUGUCAUUUUAUUAUUUCUUCAGUAGAUUUCAAUAAUAAUAAACAACAAACAAUGCAAACACUUGUAAAGCUUUCCAUUAUUUUUAUACAUUAGCUAUGCAAAUUAAUCUUUUCCAACCAAAAAAUGACCUAUACGAUUGUGGCAUACAUAAGACAUUUUUAAGCUUUUAUUUGGUUUAUAAUUUACUGCCCAAUGGAAGUGUGGCACCAUCAUCAGGCAUUACCAAGAGUAUUCUUCAUGGAAACAUUGUGAGGUCUGUUUAAUAAAUUGUGGGUUUUGCAAGUUAAUUUUAACUUGAUAUUACCAAUAUUGGGUAUCCACUAAAGUGCAGCUAGAUCACAGCUUUUGGUGAUUAGAACCAAUGUUUGGUAAUCAGGCUAUCUUGAGAGAAUCCCAAAGAAUUGUUAAAAGUACCUUGUGUUUAGAACAGUCAACUCAAAAUUACUGUCAAAUGAGCAUGUAUGGGUUUAAUUAAUUUACCAUAACAUGUAAACUCUAUAAAGUACUUUGUUGAAGAACAUUCUCUAAUGCCAAACUCCAACCCUUUGUCUAUUGUAGUUGGCUGAGCUGGCUUCAGGGACAGGCCAUGAUCAUUGGGCAGAGAAAUGCUUUAGGAUUGUACGCUUGCAAGCAUGUUGAUUAAUGUAUUGUUCAUUUAAAUGAAUGUUUAUUAAACUUAUUUUGCACUCCAAA